UGAGUUCUUCCUCUUCUUAUAUACUUUCUCCUUCACCCAACAGCUGGUUCCUUUUUAUUUUUGUCAACUACUGCUUUUUUUUUUUCUUAAAAUUGGUUUGAUUCUUGUUCUUAUAUCAGUAUCAGUUCGAAAGGAUUGAUUUUUUGGGCUUGAUUUAGAGUAAUGGGCGUGACGGAACUUGGAAAUUUGGGGGAAAUUAGGUUUUUCUUGAAUUGUCUACAAGGUAGUAGCUACUACAUAUAUUGGGUCAGAAGACCAACAUUUCUGUUACCUGUUUCAUGGGAUUCGCCAUCAGCGUCACAUUACCUAACUGUGGAAGUAAGUUAUUAUUAAAGAGGAGUUUUAGAGACAAAGCACCUUUGUCUCUUGCCAUUUGCUGGGAGUUUUGCUCUUUCUGUCAUUGCCUUCAUCCUGCACAGCCUCUGUUGGUCAGACAUCAAAGGAGGAUGUCAUGGACAACCAUCAAAAGCUCGGUUGGUGGGGACAGAUUCGAUCCAGCAUCCGGUUCUUCAAGUAAUAGUAGCUCCAGAGGUCUACGGCUAAUCAAGGCCAUACAAGUUCUCAGAACUAAGCUUCUGGUGAAAAUUCAGGAGAUAAAGAAAGAUCUGCCCAAGAAACUCUUCUUUCUCUUGGUGGGAUUCUACUCUGCAACUGCUUUCUCUACAUUUAUAGGACAAACAGGAGACUGGGAUGUUCUAUCUGCUGGAUUGGCUGUGCUUGUAGUUGAAGGCAUUGGAGCUUUAAUGUACAGAGCUUCUAUUCCAUUAAUCAACAAGAUGCGGAGCACAAUCACCAUGUUUAAUUAUUGGAAGACCGGACUCGCCCUCGGACUGUUCCUAGACUCAUUCAAGUUUUAGCUCAGACCUCGUGAGCAACAAGAAAGACCGCUGGCAAUGGAGAGUGAUCAGCAAAAUUUUGACAAGCUGUGUCUCCUUUAUGCCUGGAAUCAAUACAUGAGGGUUGUGCAGACUUAAACGCUCGUUGAAGACAAAUCUCAGGUUUCAGCUUUUCAAAUCACAAGCUAGAAGACAAGGGAUCAGACCUUGGAACAUACAAAAGCCGGUCACCAGCAAACAAUACUCGAGACUUGUCUGUAAAGCCAUGUAGUUGAUUCUGAGUCGAAAAACUAUUGCAUUGCAGAUCGAAAGGUUUAUACUAGCAUUGAUUUCCUGAAACAUCUUCCGUCCAUUCUCUAUGUUUUUUGAAGAAAUUUCUAAAAUUUCCACUUUUCAUCUUCUAUGUAAUUUGCAGCCUAAACCUUGUUGAUUAAGCUCUUGACGUUAACAAACAUAUGACUUUUAAACUC